ACACUCACGCAAUCACAUAACUGGCCCUGCCAGAUGAAGGCGGUGUCAAGUUCGAGAGACCAAUGCGAGCUACGAUAAUCGUGUUUUUCUUUAUACGUCACAGGACUCGACACUCUUUGAUGGAGGCGAUAUUAUGAAUACUGUGCUGUGUGGUACUGUGUGCUGUGUUGUAUUGUGUGUGCGGGUUGUCUUUGCUGAAGUUCGCCCUUCGGUUCGACACUUGUUUCAGGGUAAGGAUGAUUUCGCACAUUGGACCGAGUAGGAAGAACUUUCUGGAAUAAAAGUGAUUCUGCUGUGACGGGUGACGAAAAACCACUAGUCCUCCUCCCUCCUCCACUGGCGAUCUUUGCUGACUCAUGACAGAACAAAGGAAGUGGAAACGUGACUGUUGUCGUCUGACUCACUGCCGCCGGCAGCCAUGUUGGAUCAUGGUCAACCUUCGAUUGGGAAGCGAUAUCGCACAGCCUCCUGCGUUCUCUCACAUCUAGAAUUAUCUUUGCAAAAGGGAUGUGAAAAGCCAAAGGCCUUAAUAUAAUGGAGCUCUAGAUAUUUAUUGCUAGGCAUAUCGUUAGGAGUGUUAUCUUCUGCCACUUUGCGGUGGUCGUCUGAAAGUCGCUCUACCAGCCUCCGGUGCACUCAUCUGAUCACAACGUUGUUGUGAUUCGGUCGCUUUGAGAGAAAACAGAUAAAAAAGACCUCAGCUCAUUGGGAUCUGUGCCCCCAUUCCUUCAAAAAUGGGCGUCCUUGUCGCAAGAUUCCUCCGUGUGCGUCAAGUGACCGACUCCCAAUGGAAUAAAACGCUAUUUUUCUGAAGUAUCACCAGACCCUUCAGGAGAUGCAGAGAUGACCAUCAUCUUUCACUGAAAACAACAACAACAACAACAACAACAACAAAAUCCCCGACAAGUUCAGGGGUCGAGCACCCAGGAUGUAUUGCCCCAGGAAGAAGCGUCCGACGCGUGACGAGGACUUCUCGGCCAUGGUGGUGCCCUCGGUGCGCGGGCUUGGUUACCUUGACUACAACAUAGAGAGCCACGCCUCCCGCUCGCUGAGCGCCAUGGACGAGUUCCGGCGCCACGACCUGCUCUGCGACCUGGUGCUCCACGUCACGCAGAAGGACCGCACCGUGGACUUCAAGGUGCACAAGCUGGUGCUGGCCUCCGCUAGCCCGUACUUCAGAGCCAUGUUCAGCAGCAGCUUCAAGGAGGGCCGCGCAUCCGAGGUCACACUGCGCGACGCCUGCCCCCUGGUGGUGGGGAAGCUCAUCGACUUUGCCUACACCGCCCGCAUCACCGUGGGGGAGAACUGCGUGCUGCAUGUUCUGCUGGGUGCGAUGAGGUACCAGAUGGAGGACGUGGCAAAGGCGUGCUGCGACUUCCUGGUGAAGCACCUGGAGCCAGCCAACGUCAUCGGCAUCGCACGCUUCGCUGAGGGCCUCGGCUGCACUGAGCUGCAGCGCCACAGCCGGGAGUACAUCAACACACACUUCAACGAGGUCACCAAAGUGGAGGAGUUCUUCAGCCUGACCCACUGCCAGCUUCUGGAGCUCAUCAGUCAGGACAGCAUCAAGGUUCUCUGUGUACCAGGCCUGUACCAACUGGGUUCGCUGGGACAUCGCCGGCCGAGCCCAGUACCUCCACGCCCUCCUCAACGCCGUCCGCAUCUACGCCCUGCCGCCCAAGUUCCUGAAGAACCAGCUGCAGUCCUGCCCCAUCCUCAGCAAGGACAACUGCUGCAAGGACUUCCUGUCCAAGAUCUUCCAGGAAAUGGCGUUGAAGAAGCCCCUCCCCCCGGCUCCUCUCCGCGGCAACCAGCUGAUUUACGUGGCCGGGGGGUAGGAGUCCGCCUGCAGCCGAGCUUCCUGCUAGGGUUCUCUCAGUCAGCGUCUCUUCUGUACCACCACCGCUCUCUGCCCACCAUGGAGGCCUUCGACCCGGGGAGGAACGUGUGGCUGAAGCUGGCCGACAUGGAGGCGCCCUGCAGCGGCCUGGGGGCCUGCGUGGUGUUCGGCCUGUUCUACACCGUGGGUGGCCGGAACCUGUCCGUCCAGGCGAACACUGAGUCCGGGGCGCUGUGCUGCUACAACCCCAUGACCAACCGCUGGACCUCACUGGCCUCCCUCAACGCCCCGCGCAACCGCGUGGGCGUGGGCGUGGUCGACGGCGCCAUCUAUGCCGUGGGCGGCUCCCAGGGCUCCGCCCACCACGCCACCGUUGAGCGGUGGGAUCCAGACACCAACAGGUGGUCCCUGGUCUGCCCCAUGGCGGUGGCCCGUCUGGGGGCGGGUGUGGCCUCCUGCGGGGGGGCUCUGUACGUGGUGGGGGGCUACGACGGGCUGGUCCGCUGGGACUCGGCCGAGCGCUACCAGCCUGACACCAACACCUGGCACCCACUGGCCCCCAUGGGGACCGUGCGCAGCGGACUGGGUCUGGUGUGUCUGGACGCGUACCUGUACGCGAUGGGCGGGUUCGACGGGCGCAGCCAGCUGUGCUCCGUGGAGCGCUACAGCAUCGCCCGCGACCGCUGGGAGCCACAGGAGCCCAUGAGCCAGUGCAGGAGCGCGCACGCCGUCACCGUCCACCAGGGGCGCAUCUUCGUCCUGGGGGGGUUCAACCAGACUGGUUUCCUGUCCAGUGUGGAGGUCUUCUGCCCGGACACCAACACGUGGACCGGUCUGUCCGACAUGCCCUUCGGACGCAGCGGCAUGGGCAUCGCCGUAACCAUGGAGCCCUGCCCCGGCAACCUGCCCGAGGAGGAGGAGGAAGAGGAGGAGGAGGAUCAGGGAGGAGGAGGAGGAGGAGGAGGAGGAGGGGAAGAAGCGAGCAAGAGUUGAUUCUAAGACUACUGAACACGACGCCACAAUCGGCCGAUCUGUUCCAGAGUGCGAUAGAUACCUCUGAUCACAAACAUUUAAAUACCGAACCCUUUGUGAGCAACAGACCCACUGCCAUCCUGUGUGUGUGUGUGUGUGUGUGUGUGUGUGUGUGUGUGUGUGUGUGUGUGUGUGUGUGUGUGUGUGUGUGUGUGUGUGUGUGUGUGUGUGUGUGUUUCAGUAAGCAGAACAACAGUACAAACCUCAUCAAGUCGCCGGGUGCUAGCGGGCUAGCUAAUCUACGCUAGCUGAAGCUCAGUGGUGGAGCGACAACCCUCUCCCCUCCCAGUCUGUCCCAGUCCGUCUUACAGGACUCAAUGUGAGCGCAGGACCAACAAUGUAUUACUGACCCAGUAACUCUAAUCUCCACUCUUAUCUGUUUCCUUUAUAUCCGGAAAUUUCUUCCUUUUCUGCUCCUUUACAUUUUGAGCUCUCUCUCUUUCUCUCUUAACAUACUUCAACGCUAUUUAUUUUUCUUUCCCUUUCUCUCUCACUCUCUCAAUCUAAUUCCCUCUUUCAAACUUCCCUUCAUCUUCCCCAGGUCAGUGCCAUGGGUUCAUGGGGAUAUUGGAACUCCUUAUUUGCAUUGUUGUAUUUGCACUGGCACAAUGUACUACUGUUAGUAGUACGUAGUAAGUAUUUACGGGAUUAAAUAUACAAAUUAUAAAUGUU